AUAAACUAUAUUUCAUAAUAAAUUUCCUAUUAACAUAAAAGAAAUCUAAAUACAAAAACCAUAGACUUUAUUUAAAAAAUUUGGAAGAAAAAUAAUAAUCAAGAACUAGAUAUUUAUAACACUAUCUAAACUCUAUCACACCCUAAGAAACAUCGUUUUCACGAAUUAUUGCCUUAUAGGACCACUAGUCUGGCCUUUAUUAGGUGACCAACGUCAAGUAGAUAAACAUUUAUCUUCUGCUGGCAGUACAUCAAUUAUACAAAUAUAGCAAGAUUGCUUAUGCCCCCGGGUACGGGAAACCUUCGCACGUGGCAAAGAUCGACAGUCUCUACGUGCAAGAAUCAUGGUCUCGCCAUCUCACUGUGGAGUCCUUUAACACCUAGCUAAAGUGUUUCCAGAUCAAUCACAUACAUAUCCAUCUUUGAUCUUUUUGUUUUUGGCAUACAAGAAAAGAAAAUGGCGUCUCAUGCUGUUACAAGCGGACAAAAACCACACGUAGUUUGCAUACCUUUCCCGGCUCAAGGCCACAUCAAUCCGAUGCUCAAAGUGGCUAAACUCCUCUAUGCCAGAGGCUUCCAUGUUACCUUCGUCAACACUAACUACAACCAUAACCGUCUCAUCCGGUCACGUGGUCCCAACUCCCUUGAUGGGCUUCCUUCUUUUCGGUUCGAGUCCAUCCCUGACGGUCUACCGGAGGAAAACAAGGACGUCAUGCAGGAUGUCCCUACCCUUUGUGAGUCCACCAUGAAAAACUGUCUAGCUCCUUUCAAGGAGCUUCUCCGGCGGAUCAACACCACAAAGGAUGUUCCUCCGGUAAGCUGUAUUGUAUCCGACGGUGUGAUGAGCUUUACUCUUGAUGCUGCAGAGGAGCUUGGAGUCCCGGAUGUUCUUUUUUGGACACCAAGUGCUUGUGGCUUCUUGGCUUAUCUACACUUCUAUCGCUUCAUCGAGAAGGGGUUAUCACCAAUAAAAGGUAAGUAAAAGGUUAUUAUUAGUUUAGGUUUUCAUCACAAAGUAUAUUAUUAUUAUUAUUUCAUUAACAAUUUACAUUAUCUAUGACACCUAGAACAGAGGUACCUAUAAUACAGAUACGUAAGAAGUACCGUCGUCUAGGCCUUUUUCUGUCAUUGUUAGGGCGACCAAGAAUAACUCAUCCUUACUCUGAAAUUAAUCUAUAGUAUUAAUUGAUCAAAAUUAAAUGCAUCAAAAAUUUGCAUAUAAUACGGUGCUUGAAUGUUUUUAUAGUAAAUAUUGAGAUAUAAAAUUAUACUUAUAAAAUGGAAGUGGAUUAUGGCAGAUGAAAGUUCUUUGGACACAAAAAUAAAUUGGAUACCAUCGAUGAAAAACCUAGGACUUAAAGACAUCCCAAGCUUUAUCCGUGCAACUAAUACUGAAGACAUAAUGCUUAACUUUUUUGUCCAUGAGGCUGACCGAGCCAAACGCGCUUCCGCUAUCAUUCUCAACACAUUCGAUAGUCUUGAGCAUGAUGUCGUCCGUUCUAUUCAAUCUAUCAUACCUCAAGUGUACACUAUUGGACCGCUUCAUCUAUUUGUGAAUCGGGAUAUCGACGAGGAAAGUGACAUCGGACAGAUAGGAACGAAUAUGUGGAGAGAGGAGAUGGAGUGUUUGGAUUGGCUUGAUACUAAGUCUCCAAACAGUGUCGUUUAUGUUAAUUUCGGUAGCAUAACAGUGAUGAGUGCGAAACAACUCGUGGAGUUUGCUUGGGGUUUAGCAGCGACCAAAAAAGAUUUUUUGUGGGUGAUUAGGCCGGAUUUAGUAGCCGGUGAUGUGCCAAUGCUUCCGCCGGACUUUCUAAUAGAGACGGCUAACCGAAGGAUGCUAGCGAGUUGGUGUCCUCAAGAAAAAGUUCUUUCUCAUCCGGCAGUUGGAGGGUUCUUAACGCAUAGUGGAUGGAAUUCGACUUUGGAGAGUCUCUCCGGUGGAGUUCCAAUGGUGUGUUGGCCGUUCUUUGCGGAACAGCAAACAAAUUGUAAAUAUUGUUGUGAUGAAUGGGAAGUGGGGAUGGAGAUCGGUGGAGAUGUGAGGAGGGAGGAGGUUGAGGAGUUGGUUAGAGAACUCAUGGACGGAGACAAAGGAAAGAAAAUGAGGCAAAAGGCCGAAGAGUGGCAGCGCUUGGCUGAGGAAGCGACGAAGCCUAUUUAUGGUUCGUCGGAACUAAAUUUUCAGAUGGUCGUUGACAAGGUUCUUUUAGGGGAGUAGAGAGACUACAAUUUAUUUUAGAUAUGAUCGUUACAAAAUUAUGUUAUGUAUUGAAAUUUAAUAAAGUGUUAUCAUAUAUAUAAUGAUGAACAAGUAUCUGUUUAAUUAUUAACCAGAUAAAAUAAGUGUUGUUUUGUUUCAACAGUAAAGAUUAUGCAUACUUGAAUUCAAUAAUAACGAAACAACAUCACUUAUAUCAAA